GUCAUUCAAUAUGGCGGCCCGCAGGAUUACAUGUUUAGGCUUAAAUGCCCUUUAUUCUACUGCCUGCGCCCCGAAGCAGGCCCUGAGGAGCUGCUGGGGAGCGGUGGAGCAGGUGAGAGGUUACUAUGUCGACUGGAGGAUGCUUCGGGAUGUAAAGAGAAGACAGAUGGCUUUCGAUUAUGCUGAUGAGAGGUUACGGAUCAAUGCACUGAGGAAGAACACCAUCCUACCCAAAGAGCUUCAGGAGAUGGCGGAUAAAGAAAUUGCAGCAUUACCGAGGGACAGCUGUCCUGUCAGAAUACGCAACAGGUGUGUGAUGACGUCCAGACCUCGGGGGGUGAAGCGGAGGUGGCGACUCAGCCGAAUUGUCUUCCGUCACUUGGCUGACCACAACCAGAUGUCCGGGAUUCUGAGGGCAAGGUGGUGAUUGGGGAUCCAUUGAAUACUACAGUCGGAUUGUAUUGUAUAAAAAAAUAAAAAAAGAUAGGUUUGUGCUUAUUGUCAGAAGCAGGACAUCAGCUUUCAAUGCAGACUUGCCUUUUAGUGUCUGGGAUCUUUAGAGGUACGUGCUGUGACAAAACAGUUCAACCACUACUUAUACUUGCCAAUCUGUUCAUGUUCAAAGUGAAUCUGCCGAAUUACUGCAGUAUAUUUUUGUGUUUUGUCUAUGCUGAGGAGAUAAUGAUUUAUCAUUUCUGAAGAUUAUUUGCUUUGUUUUCUCUUGGCUCUUCGAAAUAUGAAAAACAAUAUUUAAAGAGAGAAUUCUAACUCGGAGUAAAUGUCCAUGUAACGCAAUAAAUGAAUAAAUAUUGUUGUACAUAAUUAACCCUU